AUGCUGAAGCGCGCGCAAGGUGCCCAGUACACUGAUGUCUUUAGCGGAAUUUGCGUAGCCGCCGUCGUCCCCUUGUCUUCGAAUGGCUCGAAGGCUAUUCAUCUUCAGAUCACGGCACCGAAGGAGGUAGGCUGGGUGGGGGUCGGCUUGGGUGAUGGGAUGCUCAACAAUCCGCUUAUCGUGGUAGCUGAAGACGAGCACUCAAAAGUGGCUGGUUCGCUUCGCUGGGCAACAGAUCACUCUGUUCCCAAGGUAUACGACAAGGCCAACUUCACCCUCCUCUCCUCAUCGCGGCUCACUUCAACAUACAUCGUCGCAGAUAUCGAGAUUUCAUAUCUCGAAAAAGCGCUCACUACAAAUGGCGAACAAAAGUUCGUAUGGGCGCUCGGCGCGACGAAACCCAAGAAUAUCACGAGCGGCUCUUUCUCACGUCAUGUUACUGUGGGUGACUUUACUUUGCGCCUACCCACCUUGGACACAAAGCCAGAAGUGACAGUCCCCUAUGAUCACAACAGCUGGAGGUUUCUGGUUCUCGCUCAUGCUCUAUGUAUGGUAAUCGCAUGGUGUAUCAUCCUUCCUCUCGGCGCAUCGAUCAUCAAGCUGUUCAACGAGAUGCUCCCAAAUGCGUUCAAGGCGCACUGGAUACAGCAAAUGUGUGGGAUGGUAUUGAUCCUCCUUGGUGUGAGCAGUGGUGUCGGAGCGAGUCGAGGUCAGCAACUUAGCUUUGCGCAUCAGUGGAUUGGGCUGGGGCUCAUUUGCGGUCUUUUCCUCCAACCUUGUCUUGGCUAUUGGCACCACAGAAGCUUCGUCAAGUAUAAACAGACACAUGGGGGUAACCCUCGACCGGUGCGGAUGUGGUACACCUAUGGGCAUAUCUGGCUUGGUCGCACAUUAAUCACGGUCGCUUCCACAGUCGCAGUCGCAACGGGGUUGAAUCUGGCUGGGGCCCCUCUCUGGGCCAUCGCCGUAUGGCUUGCCGUUCCCGUCCUUGUGAUUCCCAUUUACGCCUUUUUCGCAUGGCGUAAAGAACGCCGUGCUCGUCAGCGUGAGAUUGUCCAUGGUGCACAGUUCGAACCCAUACGCGGAUUCGAGCGAGUCCCUUCCCCUUUCCAUAGGGAUCCGAACAUCGGCCCCCAACUCUAUGCGCGGGCUCCAACGCCGAGUGAAGCUGGAAGCGAUGUCGGAGACCUCGGCCAUGGAUAUGAUCGUGGAAGGCAGCCAUUCCGAGACCGCUCAGGAAGUAAUGCGAGUGAUGUCUACGAGAUGCAGAGGAACCAGCUGCUUGCGCCCGGAGAAAGUCCUCCUGGACUGAAGCCACUGUAUCUUCACGCUGAUCGUCCGGUGAGUCCAAGACCUCGCGAUCGUUCGACAUCGGGCAGCCCGCCGUUGUAUAGGCAGUAG